AUGCGGAAUAUUAAUAUCCGAAUACUCUGGAAGGAGACCGAUAAGGCGCAAUUAAGUGGUGUUAGUUGUUUGCCUACACAAUCUCUUCACCAGUUGACUGAAUACCAAGCGGAUGAUGAGUGCGUCUUUGUUGAUCACCAAAGUGACAGUGAUGAAGAUGUAAUGACAACUGAUGAGCAAGAACGUUUGAAAGUUGAAGAGAAGCUACAGACAUCUUCUGAUAGCACUGCUCCUAUUCCUCGUCCUGAAUCUAUCGAUGCCCGCCUUUGUUACGUUGUCAAGCAAAAUGAUACUGUGGUGGACGAAAUCCUUCGUAAAAUGUGGCAGUAUAUUCAAACGUAUACUGUGAGAUUCAAACCGGAAGUUGACGAAGAAGGCAUGCCAGUUUGGUACAUUAUGGACGAGUUUGGUGUGAGAAUAUCGCACUCGGAUACUCCAAACGUUCGAGUCGUACCGCUGUAUUUUAUACCGCACAAUGCUGCUUACAGUGUCAUAUUUCUGACAAAGGAAGUUGCCGAUGGUGGAGUCACUAGCGACAUUCCAGGUACACUAGAAAAAACCCGAAGCAAGUUAUCGAAUGAAACUUAA